AUGCAGCUCAGCUAUUACGGGGGGAGGUAUUCCAUCCAGCGAGUGCUAGCUUUCGACGAGUACACCAAAAAAACUUCGCUCACACGAGUCGUGCUGGUCUGCUUUACGACGCCACUCCCCAUGGUCGCUCUUGUCUUCGGACAAGAACUGGUCCCGCUUCAAGAGCUAAGAGAGGGAUGGAGUGCCAACUACGGCAUGUGGUUUCGAGCAGCGGUGCUGGUGGGCAUCGUCACUCACGCUUUAUUGGUGCAGGGAAUGUAUCUCAUCGACGACUUCGUGGUUUCCGUGCUUCAAAUGCUGCAACUUUACGUGAUCAUGCCGGCGAUUAUCGUGGCGUUCUCGCUGGUGGUCUCGGCCUACUGCGUUUUCCCCAUUCCGUUCUAUAUCAUGUUCAUUACGCCCCCGUUCUACUUGUUGCUGGUCGUAAUGAUUCGGGUGGUUGUGGGUUCUCACGCCUUCCGACAAAUGUUGACCCACCACGACCAAGUGGGUCGAUGUGUGCGCUUCGUUUGCGCUCAAACGUCGACAGUCUUCAUCUUCCCAGUCUACGAAAUGCUGUUUAGUGCUGCUGAAGGAACGAAGUACCAACUUCCUGUGAUUUUACUGCUCCCAGUGAUAAAGGUCGCGCUGAAGAACCUUGUGCUUCAUUUCGCUAAAGCGCUGGAUGAUAUGGCCCCCGUCGAAGUCAUUUUCACAGCCGACUUCUUCAAUGCGAUAUACGUGGCUACCUGCAUGCAGAGCUCGAGCUCGCCCAUCGCCAUCGCGGCGAUUAUAAUCACCGACUUACUGCAGACUAUCACAAUGCUCUAUGGAUUGCAGCGUCGUACGGCCACUAUCCUGUCACGACUCCGGCAGACUGCCGCCGACGCGAAAGAGAGCGAUGACGUGUUGUCAAUGAUGUGCUCACUGUUUCACAAUCGAGAAAUGAUAAGGAGAGUCAUCGUCUUCACAACGGAAUGCAUCAUCAUCACAGCCUACUUGGAGACGUUCAUGCCGCUGUUUUACAGUAGCUACAUGAUGCUGAUGGUGCAUCUCCCGAACGUCAAGUAUCACGUGGAAAUGGAGGGCGUCACGCGCGACAACGUCGUAUCUUCCGUUCUUCCGUUGGUCGUAUUCGGUUUGCUCCAGAUCGCGUCCUUUGUUUCCUCAGCGCUAGUGAUUAAGCGCAACUGCGGGAUGGAGGCGCUGUACCAGCUCGCGUUCGUGUUGGAGGCGCAGAGGUCGCUGAUUCAGUGCAAGAUGAUGCUGUGGAUGGUGAUCACGCUGUGCUUUCGGGUGACCCAUUUUGGUGUCGACUUCAAGUUUGAAUUUAUUCGAUUGGGCUUUCCUAGGAUCUGGUAUCCACAGGGAUAG